AUGGAAAUGGAAAAGACGUCGAUCAACGAGCCCAUCGCCAUCGGGCUCAUGCUCUCUAUCAUCAUAUCGACGGCAAUAUUCAUAUCGACGAUGCUAUUCAUCUGCGACAAAAUGGAUCGCGGAACUGAUAUCAAAUAUGUCGAGGCCAACGAACGAAAACGUGUUAUUUCGCAAUUACUACGUCUUGGACCGCAUAGAUUGCGGGAUGUUUGUGAGGGCGAGGGAGUUAGUUACAUGAUGAGGGGUGAACGUGGAGAUCUUGCUGCUGUUGGUGCGGGAGAUUUUGGAGGAGAAGAAGUUAGAGUGUUCUCGGAACAGGUUACACAACAAGUGAGGAUGCAGUUGAGAGGGGAAUUGAGAUCGCAGUUGGAAGGGGAUGUGAGGGGAGAAGUUGAGAGGGAGUUGAGGGGGGAGAUUAGAGAGGAGAUGAGGAGGAGUGGGAGGGAGGGUGAGUUGGUGGCGGAUGUGAGGGGGGAGGUUAGGCGGGAGGUUCAGGAGAGGUUGAGGAGAGAGAUGGAGGGGGAUAUGAGACGGGAAGUUAGUAGGGAUUUGAAGGUGGAGAUCAGAGAGGAGAUGAAAAGAAGUGGGAGAGAGGUUGGAUUGGUUGUUGAAGCGAUGGCGGAUCUUAGGGAGGAGGUUAGAUUGGAGGUUCGGGGGAGAUUGAGGAGAGAGAUGGAGAGAGAUUUGAGACAAGAAGUGAGUAGGGAAUUAAAGGCAGAGAUUAGAGAAGAAAUGACGAGGAGUGGGAGGAAUGUUAGGUUGAUGGCCGAAGCGGUAGCGGAUAUUAGGGAAGAGGUUAGAUGGGAAGUUCAGGGAAGAUUGAGGAGGGAGAUGGAAAGAGAUGUGAGAAGAGUGAUUGAUGUGGAGAAAAAAGAAUUAGAGGCGAAGUUGAGGAGGGAGAUGGAGAUGGAGAAAAAAGAAUUAGAUGUGAAGUUGAGGAGGGAGAUGGAGAUGGAGAAAAAAGAAUUAGAGGUGAAGUUGAGGAGGGAGAUGGAGAUGGAGGCGAGAAGAGCUGAGGUCGAGAAGCAGGUCGAGGAAACAGUCCAAACACAGACCAAAGAAAAAGGCACGGUAGAGGGGUAUGGAAAAGGAGAUGGUAGCGAGGAACUUAUGAUCUCGACAACGACCACGCAGAAGGAAAACGGAGGCGUAGAAGGCAACGAGGAGGCUAUGUUUUCAAAAACGACCAGACAGAAUAUUCUUGCAAGAACGAAGACGAGAUAG